AUGAAUAGCUUGAAAGAUGUUGAAUAUAAUCUCUCGCAUGAUAUCAAUACGAUCAAAGAUCUUAAUUACCAACAGUUAGCUUUGGUAAAGUCAGAAAUUGAGUCAGAGCUAAAUAAGUUGUUUGAAGUACUGCAAAAGAAUAAAGUGUCAAUGGAUUCUGCUUUAAUUACUCAUGAUGGCUUUCCUAGAUCUGAUGUCAAUGUCAUUGAGAUACGCAACGUUAGAGUGAAAAUUAUCAAGUUGCGAAAUGAUUUAACCAUUGUUAUCAACGCACUUAGUGAAAAACUACACUCACAAUUCCAAAACACUGAACCUGAAAAGAAGAUAGAUAGUGACCUCUUGAUUCCAUUCGCAAAAGUCACUGAGGUGGUUGAUAGCGGUCCUGCAGCUCAAGCAGGUAUUCGUGUCGAUGAUAAGAUAGUUAUAUUUGGAACAAUUAAUGUCACAAAUCAUAACAACUUACAAAAUAUUGGACUGAUUGUGAAAAACAAUGUCAACAAACCAAUUGAGAUCAAAGUUCUAAGAGGAUCACAAAAACUGCACCUGGAAAUCAAGCCAACUUCUGACUGGCCAGGGAAUGGUUUAUUAGGCUGCCGUAUCAUUCAAAUAUAAUGCCAUGAAAUCAAUCUGGAUUUCAGCCUCCAUGUAGAGUAGAAGUAAAUGCAAUAACAUCACCAGCUUCAAGUUCAUAUGAUUCUUCACCUUCUAGUUCCCAAUCUGUAUCAUUUAUUAAAGUCAAGAUACCUGGGCG